GGAGUGAAGGAAAGGAAGAAGGGGGGGAUUCCUCCCUCCUUUUGGCACAAAGGGAUUUACUGGGGAAAAGCCCCCCCCCCGGUCAGCUCCAGCUUGCUGGCAGAAUUCAGGGCAGGCUCCCAAGUCCAAGCCUUCUUCCUAGGGGCUUUCAGAGCGGCUCUCUGCCCUGAGCCCAGCCUUGUAAUUGUCGUAUUUGGCCCAGACCUGUGAUUUCGUCCGGGUGGGUAAUGGAACUCCUGGCAUGGGGAACUCCUUCCCCUGAUGCCAACAGCAGCUCAUCCACAGCAGCCGGUCUCAGAGCAUGGUCUGGCACAUUCAGAACUCAAGUGGCUUGCCUGGGAUCACAGAUACUAUACAUAUCCAGAGGCAGACUUGAACCCAGUUCCUUCUGUCUCCACCCUCUGUGCCUUCCUGCCUCUUAGGAGCCCUGGCCUUCCUUUGGGAAACCCCUCCUGGCUGCGGGUCACCCAGCUUGUCCUCUGGGUCGGACCACCCAGCAGCCUUCCCCCUACAGUCUGCCCCCCAGUCAAGCCCAGGCACCCUGGGGCUCAAGCCUCACCUCUGCCCCUUCAAUACCUGUGUCUGCUGGGCAAAGGCCCUUCCUUCUGUGGGCCUCAGCCUCCUCCUUGUAGACAGAGGGCCUGGGCAUGAGUCCCACCUGAUACCCGUGGGAACCCUAACUCACACAUUUCCCCUUUCUGUGCCUCAGUCACCCGCCCUAUAAAUUGGAGAGAUGAAUGCUGGCCCGUUGGUGUGUGGGGGCUGUUGCCCAGAAGGGGCUUUAAAACCUUGGGUGGGUGGAGUAGGAGGCUUUGCCCCUUUCACUUUUCUGCAAGAGUUGGGGUUUCCCCUGCAGGCCUCUCUUUGGCUGGACUGUGGUACUGGGGGCUUGGUGCUCAAAGGGCACCAGGAGCCCCAGGGAACAGAGAGCUUUGAGCAGCUUGGGGCCCCGGGCUGGAUAGGAAGCACUUUAUGGGCCAGGUCUUCACUCCUCUUCCCACUGUGCCACCCUGCCGCUCCACGAGUGAAUGACAGGCUUCAUGUGGGCCACCCUGACCACGGGACGCUCCUCUUCAGCUCUCCCCUGUUCCCUCUGCACUUGGUCCCCUUGUCCUGGUCCGUCGGUGAGAGAGACAAGCAGGAACACUUCUGGCCCAGAGCAGGCAGAAAGGUCUUUCUUUCAAUCACGCGUGUCCCUGAUGAUCACCCAGACACACAGGAGGUCAGGCUGGACGGCUCUGAGGUCGCUUCAGGCUCCAGAUCUGAGAUCCCAUGAUCUUCCCCCUCUAACUCAGAACUCUUAACACUGAUGCCUCCCAGCUCCACACGGGGGAUCUAAGUUUGGGCUUGCACUCAGCCAACUACCCCCACCUCUCCUCGGCCCACAGAGCUCCCCAGGAUGCUUCCCACCUUGAUCCAUCUGCUUAGCAAGGAGGGGGCUCCGGAAACCCCACUGCCCCACAGACUGGACCCCAGGACAUCCUCGUGGCCCCGGGGUGGGCCCCAGUGUAAGGGAGACAGGAGCCCCUCUCCGGUGGGAGUUCCCCAGAGGCCUCCAGGGGAAAAGGGGGUGGGGGUGGUGAAAGCUGAUCUCUACUCGAGGGUGUGUCCCCAAAGCCAGGGAGGGAUAAAAGCAAGAGAGCACAGCCCCAUUCCAGAGACGGAGGGACGACGGGCAGAGUCAUCAGCAGCCUCCACCUGGCGUUUGUGACACCAAAAGUGGUGAGAGCGGCCCUGGUGGGACAGAGCCGGGCCUGGGUCCUGGGGCACCGAGCAGGGGCCAGGAGGGCUGGGGCACAGCCGAGGGAAACCGUAGGCAGGCCUGGGGCACACACAGACCUCCAGCAAGCCAGCGCCUCCAUCCAGAGAGAAGCCCAAGAGGGGUGAGCAUGCACACACAUACCCACGCACACACACACACACGCAUACAUGCACAUACAUGCGUGCAGAACACAAAACGCAGCGCACAUUCACACAUGCAUGCGCACACAUACCCACAUAUAUACAUGCAUGCGUGCACACAUACACACAUACACCCUGCCCGCACUGUUUCAGAAACCCAUGUCAUGGCACUCCCCAAGACCUUGCUCUUUUCCCUGCUGCUCCUGCUGGCGACAGACACCGGGGCUCCGGAGGCCGGGGUCCCAGGCUGUUACCUGCACCCCAUCAACGUGACUGUGCGGAGUGACCGCCAGGGCACCUGCCGGGGCUCCCACAUAGCUCACGCCUGCGUGGGCUACUGUGAGUCCAGCGCCUUCCCUUCCCGGCACUCGGUGCGGGCAGCCAGCGGUUACCAGCACAACAUCACCUCAGUUUCCCAGUGCUGUACCAUCAGCCGCCUGCAGAAGGUGAAGGUGGAGUUGCUGUGCCCCAGGAGCCGGCGGGAGCAGCUGGAGAUCUUCACGGCCCGGGCCUGUCAGUGCGACAUGUGCCGCCUGUCUCGCUACUGAGGGCUCCUUGAGCCUUCCUUCCUGGCGGGCCCACUCAUCCCCCACCUGCCCCACCCCCGACCGUCCCCGGAUGGAGGGACUCCGAACUGGGAGUCAGCACACGUGGGUGCCGGGUCCCUGGCUCUGCUGAUGAAUUCAGUGGGCGACUUGGGGAAGCUGAUCCCCCUCCCUGGGUCCCUUUCCCACCAAGUCCCUCCCAGCUCUGACUGUCCACGUUCAUCUCUGCCCUUCUCUGUCCUCUGGUCCCCCUAAGCUCUGUAACUGCACUCUCAGAGCUGACCUCAGCCCGUCACCGGCCUCUGGCCUGCCGGGGCCUCAAGCUUUGUGCUCUCUGACAUGGGGGGGACCCCCAAAUAAACUGACCAGCUCUGGA